AUGGUUUCACUACUUCAGGAUCAAUCUAAUAUUAAAUUUUCUUCUUCGGACACUUUGGAAAGGGACCAACAAGAGGACCUCAUGAAGACACCGGGGGAUUCAGUAUCCCCAAUUCAGCAAACGGAUAAUCCCAGUUACAACUGCCAACCGUACGAAUCAGACAGCAGGACAGAAAGGAAGAGCUCUGAGUCCUCCCACAGCCCCAGCCCCGCAUCUCCAGCCCAGGAGCUUGGGAGAUAUCCCCCCAGCCAAGGGAUUCACUGCAGCAAGAACAAAUUUCAGGUCUCCUUCAGCACAGAAAAAUUCCGGCGGUACAGUUACGAGGAAAACACCGUAGGAAAUUACGACAGGUUCCUCAAGAGCAGCAGGAACCCUUUUCACCCCUACAAGAGGCAGAUCAGUGAGGAUGUCUUCCAGGAAGCACAGCAAACCCUUCCGCCUGAAGGUCCGUCUUUCAAAAACACCAGAAGUAUUGAAGGUUUUGAGGGUCUCCCAGGAUCUACGGGCCCUGAUGAGUCUGAGUCAUUUCCAACGCACCUUCCAAACAUCUCCUCCGAACAGCCGUGGUGUAACAGCCUCCAGUACAGCACCACAGGUCAAGAUCACAGUUCACAAGUCAUGCAGGAUUCAGACCUCAAGCUUAGGACAUCCCCACUGGAAGGGCAGCCUGGGUUGUACUGCUAUCAGCCCCAAGUGCAGCAGAUGUACUGCUCCUCACAUCCCUUCCAUCAGUACCCAUCAGGAGGCAGCUACCCGGUGACUUACAUCACCUCUUCGCACUACCCCUACCAAAGGAUUGCUCCUCAAAGCACUCAAGAAUCCCAGCAGCCUCUAUUUCCCAAGCCCAUCUACUCCUACAGCAUCCUGAUCUUCAUGGCACUCAAAAACAGCAAGACGGGCAGUUUGCCAGUCAGCGAGAUUUACAAUUUCAUGACAGAGCACUUUCCUUACUUUAAGACAGCCCCGGAUGGCUGGAAGAACUCUGUGCGCCACAACUUGUCCUUGAACAAAUGCUUUGAGAAAGUUGAAAACAAAUCAGGCAACUCUUCUCGGAAAGGCUGUUUGUGGGCUCUGAACCCUGCCAAGAUUGAUAAGAUGCAGGAGGAGCUGCAGAAAUGGAAGAGGAAAGAUCCAGUGGCUGUGAGGAAGAGUAUGGCAAAGCCAGAAGAGCUCGACACGCUGAUAGGCGACAAAGGUGAAAAGCUGCGAUCUUCCAUCAUGUCGUGCAGCCCGAAUGGCGUUGCAGGCGCAUCCCUCUCCAGGCAGAUGGCAGUCCAACCCCACUCCUUGGGCGAGCCCUCGCUUUCCUCUAUACCACAGCCUCUGCAUCCCAUCCACUCAUCAGCAGCAGCUCUCCAUGCCAAGAGCACGUUGCCAAACUUGCUCGGAGGGCAGCAAACCGCAUGCUACACCGCCCCGCAGGGCUUCCCUCCAAUCUCAAGUGCGUUAAUGCCGCAGACACCCGACCAUCAGACAAUGUUUCCUUCUGGGGAGGCUCCAAACGAACUGCGGGGUCAACCCAGCAUCACCCAGGACUCCCCACUGCCGGCCCAGACCCCCCCGAGCUGCGGCGUGAAGGUGAUGACAGAGCACUGCACGGCCCGCACGGUGCCCGACCCUCUGCUGCAGGAGGGGGACCUCAGCAACGACAUCGAUGCUCUGAAUCCGUCCCUCACCGACUUUGAUCUCCAAGGCAAUCUCUGGGAGGAGCUGAAGGAUGACAGCCUAGCUGUGGACCCCCUGGUUCUCAUUUCAUCAUCCCCAACGUCCUCCCAGUGUUUCCCUUCUCACUGCCAGAUGGAGAACAGCAACACAGCCACCAUCCCAAAUGGAACCCCGCACAGUAACCUACCCGACCUGCAGCUCACUACUCUUUACUCUGCCUUUAUGGAGUUGGAUACAGUGUCUCCUGCCUACCUGAGUAAUCCUGGAUCCAAACCUAUAGCAUUAAUGUGAACCACAGCUAUCGUUCUUUCUGUCCACACACAGCCCAAGCCAUCACACGUGCCAGACUGACACCUACUACAAGAGCUGAAAUUGGAAUCAGAGACCUUCCAGAACUCGUCUGCAGGAUAUGUAGCCUUACUACCAUAAUUUUCUACAGAUACUUUAAAAAAAAAAGAAGAAAAAUGAAAAAAAGAAGAAAAAAAAAAGAAAAAAUGAAAAAAAAAAGAAAAAGAAAACUAUUUAAAGAUAACACUGUUAACUGCUGUGCCAGUCGACACCGUUUUAUUAAGGCACUCAUCCUCUGCAUCUUCCUGAUACAAAUGACUGGAAGAAGAAAACGAACGAUUUUCAGAUAUUUUUUAUGAAAGCUGCUUGCAAAAAAAAAAAAUACUCUAACUUAUUUCCUGAAGCCAAUGAUGUCAACGUCAUCUUCUAAAGACCACUACUAAAAAAUCCUCAUACUAAAACGUUCGUAGUCUCCUUGAAAGGAUUUCUGGGUUUUGGUAACAAGAACGCGACGUGAAGAUUCUACAAGUAUUAGAAGACCAAGGAGUGGCUGCUGACAGACUAAACCAAAGCAACAAAUGUACUUUAAUGAAAA